AUGAUUUUCUCAUUGGGUCUUGUGGCCCUGUGUAGUGCCAUCGCUCUGGCGGAUUUGUUUACUUCCAUGGCCGAAAUGCAAGGUCUGCUGGACACCGAGAAAUCUAUCCCAUCACUACUCUACAAUUACAUCGAAGAGGAACAGAAACGAUUGACGGACUUGAGAGCGUUGGCACUACAAUAUGAGAGCAAAAAUGACGCAGCACUGGAAACCGGAUUGCAGGACAUUUCUAAUCCAGUCAAUGCAUUUUUACUCAUCAAAAAAAAGAUUUUCGAUUGGAAAGGGCUAAAAAGAAAAAUGCUAACGAACAGGGCUCACGAUUUCAUUGAGCAAAUGACCGAUGCGAACUACGGUGUCCGUUACCCUACCGAGGAGGAUUUGACCGGGGCUGCGAUUGCGCUGCUGAGGUUACAAGACACCUAUCGUCUGGAUACCAGGGAUCUUGCUCAGGGUCGAAUCUACGACAGUCAAGGAAACUAUACAUUCGAUUCUGGCGACUGUUUCACUAUCGCAAAAGCCGCAUACAAUGAUGGUGACUAUUACCAUACCAUUAUGUGGAUGGAAGAGGCACUACGAAAGAUGGAAGAUGAGGAAGACCCAGCUGCUGAUCGUGAAGAAGUACUGGAAUACCUUUCGUUCUCGCUAUACAAGCAAGGAAAUCUCAAACACGCUUUGCAAUAUAUCGAGGAGUUAUAUGAAUUGAAUCCGGAACAUCCCCGAGCAAAAAGGAAAACAUCAAAUGGUAUGAAGACCUGCUUGCCGAGGAGGGUGUAA